CUUGGACGUGAUGACGUAGAAAUCUAUCGCGAUCUCUGGAGGCAGCCAUUACACCGUACAGGCUUCUGCGGUGUAUUAGGGGGGUGUAAGUGUAGUGGUGUCGGUACCGAGGUAGGGGGGUACGCCGGUGUUGGGAUUACUUGUCGGUGUGCACGGCGGUACGAAGCACGGCUCUGAGCCCGGGCCUACCCCCACCCCAGCAGGCCUGCCUCCCCCCCCCCCCGUGUCCCCGCUUCGGCUGCUCCAACAUGAUCAUAGAGGACUUCGAUGCGCUCAAGCACUGGCUGUCUAAGACCUUGGAGCCUAUUUGUGACGCUGAUCCAUCAGCCCUUGCGAAGUACGUUAUUGCAUUAGUGAAGAAGGAUAAAAAUGACAGAGAAUUGAAGGCCCUGUGCAUAGAUCAGCUGGAUGUUUUUCUUCAGAGGGAAACCCAAGGUUUUGUAGAUAAAUUAUUUGAAGCUGUGAACACAAAGAGCUAUCUCCCACCCCCAGAGCCCACAUCAACAGUAAUUGUAAAAGAAGACCCUUUAGAAAACCCAGAAAAAGAAGCCAAGAAAGAAGAGAUACCCAAAGAUGAUGAAAAAGACAAAAAAGCUUUAAGAAGAGUGAAUCAUAGUCCGCAGCCAUCGAGUACACGUCACAGAGAAAAUAAGGAAAAUAAUAGAAAACGGAGUAACUCUGACAGGGAGAGCACGUCUGGUACGUCUUUUAGAGCAGGAGGCCAGGAACAGAAACCAGAUGUUGAUACUACAUCAGGCCGCCUGAGUGGAAGCAAAGUGCAGAGCUCAAAGAAUACAAGGAGCAGAGAAGACCGGAAAAAAGAUGAUCGUUCUCGUAAAAGGGAACAUGAGCGGAUCCUACCUCGACGAGACUCCUACAGAGAUAGAUACAACAGAAGGAGAGGGAGAAGUCGCAGUUACAGCAGAAGUCGUAGUCGCAGUUGGAGUAAAGAAAGGCAACGUGACCGAGACAGAGAGAGAAGUCGGAGCCGAACGCGAAGUAGGACCAGGAGUAGAGACAAGGAUUCUGGAAAAUCUAAGUACAAUCUUGAGCGGACAGAUCCCUCUGAUGAUAGUUACCAGACCAGUUCCUCAGUGCCUCACAUCGGAUCAGCACAUUUCCCUGUGCCAACUCUAAACAGCACCAUCACAGUAAUCACCCCUUCACACCAUGGCAAUAAUUCCGCUGAAAAUUGGCCAGAAUUCCAUGAAGACCAAGUGGACCACAGCAAUUAUGGAAGACCUCCCAUGCCCAAGAAGCGCUGCAGAGACUAUGAUGAGAAAGGAUUUUGUAUGCGAGGCGACCUGUGUCCAUUUGAUCACGGCAGUGAUCCUGUAGUUGUUGAAGAUGUGAAUCUACCUGGAAUACUUCCAUUCCCAGCACAGCCACCUGUUGUAGACGGACCACCCCCUCCGGGACUUCCCCCACCUCCAUCACUUUUAACGCCUCCCCCUGUAAAUUUACGACCACCAGUUCCUCCACCAGGUCCUCUUCCACCUAGCCUUCCACCUGUUACAGGUCCACCUCCCCCUCUUCCACCUUUACAGCCUGCUGGAAUGGAUGCGCCUCCAAAUUCUGCCACGAGCUCAGUCCCUACUGUAGUGACUACUGGCAUUCAUCACCCCCCUCCUCCUGGUGCGCCACCAUCACUUUUCUCCUCAGGGCCUAUUCCUUUAUUUCCGGAAACCUAUGAUGCUGAUGGCUACAACCCUGAAGCACCAAGCUUGACCAAUACUUCCAGACCUAUGUACAGACAUCGUGUGCAUGCCCAAAGGCCAAAUUUGAUAGGGCUGACUUCUGGCGAUAUGGAUUUACCACCAAGAGAAAAACCAGUCAACAAUAAUAUGAGAAUUGUUGUGGAUUCUGAUUCUCGGAAAAGAAAUCUUACUCCUGCCGACACUGGAAUACCUCCGAAAAAACCAUGGUUUGACAAGCCAAAUUUCAACAGAAUGAACACACCUGGUUUUCAAAAGAAAGUUGUGUUUGGAAACGAAAAUACUAAGCUUGAACUAAGAAGAAUUCCUCCGGAGCUGAAUAACAUCAGUAAACUGAAUGAGCAUUUCAGUAAAUUCGGGACACUGGUGAAUCUGCAGGUUGCCUAUGCAGGAGAUCCUGAAGGCGCUUUAAUUCAAUUUGCAACACAUGCUGAAGCAAAGAAAGCCAUCUCGAGCACAGAAGCAGUUCUGAAUAACCGGUUUAUUAAGAUGUAUUGGCACAGAGAAGGCCUUGCUCAGCAAACACAAGCUUCUAAUACUCCAAAGGUUGGUCAUCUUAAUGUUCAGCCUCCAAACAUACCAGUUAUCAAACAGUCUGUCAAAGAACGCCUGGGACCAGUUCCAUCUAGUAACAUGGAGCCAGCUGAGGCAGCUAAUGCUAAUACGGAAACAAUCCAGACUGUGACAAAGGUACCAAUAAAGGAGAGACUUGGGUUCAUAGCAAAACACACUCCUGGCACCACUGAUAAGGUCUUGUCCACCUCUACAGGACUUACAAAAACUGUUUACAACCCAGAAGCUUUAAAAGCCAUCCAAAAAUCUGUAACUUACCUUUCUCCAUUGGACAACACUGAUGCACUAAAAAAGAAACAGGAAGCACUCAAACUACAACAAGAUGUUAGAAAGAAAAAACAGGAAAUUUUGGAAAAACACAUAGAAACUCAGAAGAUGCUUAUAACAAGAUUGGAAAAAAAUAAAAACAUCAAGGCAGAAGAUAAAGCGGAAAUUCUGAAAACACUGGAAACCUUGAGCAACAGUAUUACUAAACUACGGGAUGAGCUGAAAGCAGUCACUUCUGCUGGAAAUGCUCUGAAGAUUAACAAGAGUAAAGCUCAGAUGCAAAAGGAACUUCUUGACACGGAGCUCGACUUGCACAAGAAACUUCAAGCGGGAGAAGAUGUAGCAGAGUUGAGGCGGAAAUAUACAGAACUACAACUUGAGGCUGCAAAGCGAGGUAUUCUUUCUUCUGGACGUGGAAGAGGGACACACAUGAGGGGACGAGGAAUGUCACGUGGAAGAGGCAGAGGCCGUGGGCUUUCAGUUCAUGCUGUGGUAGACCACCGUCCUAAAGCUUUAGAGAUCUCUGGGUUUUGUGAAGGUGAUAGGGGAGAUCUCCUUCCUCACUUUGCACAAUUUGGUGAAAUUGAAGACUGCCAGAUAAAUGAGACGUCUCUCCGUGCAACAAUCGCUUUCAAGACGAGAGCAGAAGCUGAGGCUGCUGCAGUUCACGGAGCCCAUUUCAAAGGGCAGGACUUAAAACUAGCUUGGAGUAAACCAGUAGCAAAUCCAGGCAGCGCAGAAGUGGAAGAUGUGGAACCAGAAGAGGAAGAAUUUCCGGAAGAGACCGCUGUAGAUGACUCUUUGCUUCAGGAGGACGAUGAUGAGGAGGAAGAGGACAACGAGUCUCGUUCUUGGAGGAGAUGAAUUGUUUUUUGCCUUCUCAAGCGCUCUAUAUCUGGACGCUUUAUUCUAAUUAAAGCUCCUUUCCAUCGGAUGUGUUCCUAUUGUGUGAAUAGAAAUGCUGGACAAUUGAAAAGCCUUCUGUAGUUGUCACAUUUCAGUAAAUGAUUGCACAAUGCAUCAUCAUAGACACAUAUGCAAUGGUUUUAUUACGUACACUUUGAGUGUACCCUUUUGAUUUUUUUAAUUUAAGGAACUUGUGAAAUGCAAGUUGAGUUCAUUUUUCCUCAAAACAAAAAAAAAGUUUGCUUUAAAAUCUAUAAAUGUUUUAGACAUGAGUAGAUGAAUGCUAAACAAAAAAUCUCAGUUGUUAUGUAUACAUAAUGCAUAGUGUAGGCUUUACUAUGUAGUAGCCUUUUUGUUCAGCUCAUUUUGUGUACGUAAUUUACGUAUAGGGUUUUAAUAACAUUGUACAAAUGCUUUGCAAUUAAGUCCAUGUGACUUCAAUAUGUUAAGAAAAAAAAUAAAGUGGAAUGGUCCAAGAAAGACGACAAAAACAAUGAAAAUUCAGAUCUGUUAACAAGUUAAUGUUAUAAAAAAAAAAAAAGAAAAAAAAAAAAAAUGACAAACCAUUCCAGUGGUUUAACUGUAAAGAUUUUGUGAUGUUAUGAUAAAUUGAACCUCUAAGGCUUUAUGUGCAACAUUUUCUGAUAUGGAAAGUACGUUGGCUUGACAUCAGGAUCUGGCGCCUGGCAGAAACAUGUAGUGUGCGGUGCGGGCAAGCUUCCACCGGAGUAGAAGAAAACAAGCCAGUGUCGAUGAUAUGGAUUGAGUGUUAGAAGUUGUCCUGCUUGCAAGUAUUCUCUCUGAAAACAGGUUGCUCCUUCUGUUUUGGUGGUAUUCCAUAAAAGAACUAGCAGCAUACACACUUGCACUAACAGAAGACUUUCCCUGUCUAGAAUGUGGGAUUGUUUUGCAUCUGUACUUUAACAAAAUAUAUUUUCCUAGUUCAUCUGCGUUUUUCAGUGCAGAAAUGUUUCCUCUAAAUUUACAUGUGCAUCUCCUCCUUGCUCAAAGCUCAGGUUAGUAGUAUGUAACCAUGUAGCCUAUAGAAGUGUGUCCACACAGUGCGGUAAAAGCCAUAUCCACUUCAUACAUGUAUUUACCGUAACUGGCACCACGGUUUUUACAGGGGAAAUAUUCGUUUUCAUGUUUAUAACACCUGGAUCCACCAGGAUGUGGUUGUGAUGUAGAUUUUUACCUCACUAUGUGAAUACACUCUAAGGUAAGACAGAUUUAGAUAUUUAGAAAAGAGAGUGUACAUAUUAAUAUUCUAGCAGGUUAAAGUCAACCUAUGAAUACCUGUUUUAAAGAAGUGCCUGAUACUUGCAGGAAACUAGUUUUAUAGCCGCACAUGCUCGUUUGCAUGCACACAUUCUUAAAAACAUACUUGAUUUUUCUAUGUCGGGCUUGUAUGUUAACUAGACAACUCAAGUAAGUGACCUCUUUAAAUGUAACUGGAGAUCUUGUAUACAAUUUUAUAGUAAGUUUAGAAAAACGUUCUGUGAGAUAAAGUCUGACUUGCAUUCAUGGAUGUAGAUUGCUUUUUGUUAGCUCCAGUUCUCCCGACAGGUCGUGAUUUGGAGAGAUCCUAUAUAGAGAAGACCUGGGCAACCCGAUACUAUGACAAUACUUAUAACACCUGAACAAUACUAGAGAUGUUUAACCCCUUGCUGCAAAAUGCCACGUAUAAACAGCCCUGGGGCAUGGGAGGGUUAUGAAGCGAGCUCAGGGGCUGUCAGCUAUCAGCAGCCAGGACCCGUGGCUAAUGCCGGAAAUUGCCGUUCAGGUAGCUGUCCAGCAUUAACUCUUUAGACGCGGUGAUCAAAGUUGUUCGCCAUGUCUAAAGUGAAAGCUUCCUGGCAGCUCAGUCGGGCUGAUCGGGACCAUCGCGGUAAAAUCGCGAUGUCCUGAUCAGCUAGGACGCAUCAGUAGGGUGCCUUACCUGCCUUCUGCACAUCGUAUCGUCGUUUGGUUGCUCCAAGCCUGAAAUCCAGGCUUGAGCAAUCAACCGCCGAUAACACUGAUCAAUGCAUUGCAAUGCAAUGUCAUUGAUCAGUGUAUUGAAGUAAUGUACUGCAUGUUAUAACAUUAUUUAAAAAAAAGUUCCACUUUUUUUUUUUUGCAAUGAUGAUUUAACCCCUUCCCUAAUCAGUUUGAGUCACCCCCCUUUUCCCAUUAAAAAAAAAAACAUGU